AUGGAUCUUGUCGCAAGUAUCCGCAAAGAAGGUAGCCGCGGCGGUCGCGGCGACUUUAAAUGGUCCGAUGUCAAGGACUCUUCGCACCGUGAGAACUAUCUUGGCCAUUCCCUGAUGGCCCCCGUUGGCCGCUGGCAACAGGGCCGCGACUUGAUGUGGUACACAAGGACAGACGAUAGCGAGGAGGACAGGAUUAGGAAGGAGCGCGAAGAGAAACAACGUGUCAAGGAAGCCGAAGAAGAAGCCAUGGCCCGAGCUUUGGGUCUGCCAGUUCCGGAGAAGCGCGCUAGUUCUAACGCCAAUCUUACGCCACUGGGCGAAAAAGAUGUCCAGAAAGUAGUCCGGGAUACGGCCGCAGGAGAAGACCUAGUGAUCGACGAAGCGGGCAAGGGAAUCGGCUACGGUUCAUUUCGUGGCGGGGUUGCCUCUGUAUCCGGCACUGGUGAUGAUGAUAAACUUGAGCCUGUCGGACUGGAUUCCCACUCUUCAGGGAAGCGGAAGCGGGGCAGGAUAGGGAACACGGACACCGUAGGCAUCGCGAUGAACGCGAACAUCGUCACAGGAGUCACCGGCACAGAUCUCGGUCUCGGUCUCGGUCGCGAGAUCACCGAAGGAGGCGAUCGCGCUCACGGUCAAGGAGCAGAGACAGGAGAGGUAACGACGAAGGCAGGAGCCGCCGAGACGACCGUCAUCAUACCCGGGAUAGAGAUUCAGAUUACCAUCGUCGGCGUUGAGUUCAGUCUUCGAAAAUUCGUUCUGUCUACAUACGGCGUUGGGGCGUUGGAGAAACGGAUAGUGUACAAGUAG